GUUUACUUUGAUCAUGGACUCCCGUACCAGUGUCCAGGAUAUGACAAAAUUGUGAAAAUUAUCAAGAAUGAGAGGAUAGAGGAGGUGAUCAGACUACAGAGCUGGAAACCUCGCAGUGUAUAUAGUACCUCUUCUGGUGACCUCCUGGUUAUCAUGGACAGUAAUGAUUACACACAAGCAAAACUUGUCCGUUAUUCUGGCUCCACAGAGAAACAAAGCAUUCAGUUUGAUGAUAAAGGUAAACCUAUUUACUCACCUAGAUGCAUUCAUAUUACUGAAAACAAAAACCUAGAUAUAUGUGUUUCUGACAGAGGAUCUAGAGCAGUGGUGAUGGUCAAUCAGGCCGGGAAACUGAGAUGCCGAUACACGGGGCAUACUCCUUCUCUGAAGAACGGAGCAUUCCAUCCACAAGGAAUCACCACAGAUAGUCAGAGUCACAUCCUUACAGCUGAUAAUAACAAAAGCUGUGUCCACAUCAUAGACCAGGAUGGAUAG